CGUUGACUUGUGUGACAUUGUAUAAAGUAGUCUUGUGAAAUAAGUUAAGCAAAUACCAUACCACCAUUAAUUUUGUGAGGAGAAGAGAAAGCCACAAAAACCCAAAAUCCAAUAACCAAAUUUUUGUUAUAUCGACACAAAUAUGGUAUAAUUAAACACCUAGUUGACCACCUAAGGAUCGGAAGCUACAAAAACCAGCCUAGUGAGUAGUCAUAUAUAUAUACACUCAAUUUGUACCCUUGUCAUCUCUCUCUCUCUCUCUCUCUCUCUCUCUCUCUAGAAAAAUAAAUUAAUGAACACCAGCACUUUGGACUCGCCGGAAGAACCCGUCGACACCCCUCUCGUAGGCGGUUCUAUUGGCGGUUUCGGCUACGGCCUCGGCCUAUCACUGGCGGUCCUCGCCAUAUUCAUGAUCAUCACCUACGCCUCCUACAGGUGCAAGCGCCGCCACCCAACAACCGCCACCACCACCCUUCACCACCACCACCACCGCCGCUCAACCGACGACGACUACGACAGCUCACCGGCCAUGGAUAUAGUGGUCAACAUUAAUCAACGCGGCUGCGGCGGCGGCCUGGACGAGGCGACAAUAUCCUCCUACCCACGCUACACCUACUCCCAAAUAAAGCCCCACAAGAGCGGCGGCGGCGGCGGCGGGGCGGCGGCGACCUGCUCCAUCUGCCUGGCGGACUACAAGGACAGUGAUUUGCUGAGGCUGCUGCCGCAGUGCUGCCACCUCUUCCACCUCAAGUGCGUUGAUCCAUGGCUGUUGCUUCACCCAACUUGCCCCGUUUGUCGAAAGUCGCCGCCGCGAGGGGGGCAGCCACCCCCCCUAGCACAGCCUGCUCCGGUUACACCCCAAUAAUACUAUGCAAAUAUAUUACCUAUAUUAUUAUAUUGGAUAUUAUUAUACAACAAAUUUUAGAAAUUAUUAUUUGUUUUACUUCGUUCAAUCAAUUUUUUUGUACCUAUCUAUUGGCGCUCAACAUCAUUCAUUUGUUGCAUUCGAUACCCUUAAUAUUUUCUUGGCUGUACUGUCCCUAUUGAGUAGUUUUCAACUCUUUUUUUUUUUUUUUAAUUUUCUUCUGAAAUUGAAAUUUUAA